GUGAAUGCUUCUUUUUUUAAACCCCUUUCCGUUAAGAGUAACUCCUUUUUUUGAAGAAAACUUUUUUUUUAGUUUAAACGAGAUUAUAUGCUACUUUUUUUUUUUUUUUUUUUUUAAUGUAUGCCAUCCCCUUUUGCGGGACACUCCCUCCAUCGUGCAGUAGCAGGUUGAUAUUGCUAAAAUAGGAGGAUCGCCACACCCUUUUCGCCAUCUCCGAAAUGAUUAACAACUUUAGAUCGCCACAGUCGAAUGACCCGAUUAAGAAGCUGCAGAACUUGCUGAACAACUGCCUCUACUCCGUCGUCGACGUGCUGAGCAAUUUAUCCUACCAAGGGGAGCCCAAGGAGCUGGAAGUUGUUCCGGAGGAGGAGAGCGAAUAUGCCUACUUUGUAAACUUGCUCAAGGAGAGGGCCGCCGAGAUUGAGCGGGAGGCGCGGGAGAGUGAGGAAGCGAUGGGAGAAGUAAACGAGGAGGUGAAAGAGGAGGUGAAAGAGGAGGUGAAAGAAGAGGUGAAAGAGGAGGUGACAGAAGAGGUGAAAGAGGAGAUGAAAGAAGAAAUUAAAGAAGGAAUUAAAGAAGAAGCAAAAGAGGAGAUUACGGAGGAGGCAAAAGUGGAGAUUAAAGAGGAGGUGAAAGAGGAGACAAAAGAAGAAGCAAAAGAAGAAGUAAACGAGGAGGUGAAAGAGGAGAUUAUGGAGAAGGUGAAGGACGCGAAGGACAGCCCUGCGGGGGAGGCCCAAACCGACGAGUCCGAGGACCCCUCAAGCGAAGAAACGAGCGAUGAGUCGUACGCAGAAUCCAGCGGUUUAUCGGACGAACAGUCCUACGAUGACACGAUGGAGAGAAGGGAGACGGACGACGAGCAGACGCAACGCUCCGUGGAGGAAGGACCCCCCAAACGGUAUUUCGUCAAACCCUAUUAUGAAGGCCCCCUGCAGGAAGAAAUCUUAGACCGCGUGGAGCGAAUGAAUUUGAUUUUAAAAAUGAUAGACGCCUGCAUAGAGGAGCUGCCCGAUUCGUUGGUGAUCGAAGAAGAGAAGUGCCAGGAAAUGAAGGCGUUGCAGAAACGGAAGGACGACUCCAAGGAGGAGUUAAAAAGACUCUACAGCGAAUACGACGCCAUCUACAGUUACGUCACGGAUAACCUGCGGGACAUCAUCAUUAACAUGGGGUGA